UGAGUGCCCCAGUGAAAUAUCGCAAUCCGAUAUUAGUGGAACCCAGCUUAUCAGAUUUGAACGAACCCCCAGCUAAUGUGUUGAACCCGCCCAAAACACAAAUGAUACCGAUUUCGCCGCCGAAAUUAUUAGUAUCGAAAUCAUCGACCGUUGUAUCACCUGUAUCUACUGCUAGCAGUAAAGAUGACACACUUGAGCGUAACAUCUUGUCCAUGGCCAGUAUGGAUUUACCCACUGCGAUACAGUCCAUGAAUUUAUUAAAAUCUCACCAAGCAGUUACCUUGCAAUCCAAGGAGGAUAAAUUUAUCGGAUCGAUAAAUAUGCAAUUAAAGCUAUUGCAAACGUAUCCGUUACGUCAAGAAAACGCGGAUGUGUCCAGGGGCUUUAGAAACACAUUUCUGGUUAUACUUGUGUUUUAUGACUGUGAAUUCCAGUGGAUUUCUUGGGAAGAAUGUUCCUUUCAUGCAUUUGAAGGAAUUAGUAGAUCAGAUGAUAAGUUUGUUAGCCCAAAACAGACGCAUGAAGCUGUUAAAAAAGACCGAUCUAUGCUGGAAUACAGCGAUAACCUAGAAAUAGAUAGAUAGUGACAGUCGUGACCAUCGCCGCGUGAUAGAUAGUGAUAGUGAAAUAUAUAUUGACGGCAGGGAGCUGAUGCCGAGGAGAUCUUUAAGAAGGAAGGAGUAUCCAAAAUCGCACACGAACAUUUUAUAUUCAACUAUGUGGUGUACAAUUUUGCCGCUAUAUAUUGACCGCAGGAAGGUGAUACCGAAGAGAUCUUUAAGAAGAAAGGUGUCGGGAUUUCGCGUGAUAUUGUACGGCCCUGCGCCAUCGUUUCCCCCCUUUCUAUGCUAUCUUCCUGACUCGAAUCGGAGCGAACUCGACAGACGUUCGGGGCAGUCGUCGUUGUACCAUGGUCGCACACAGGCCACAUUUUGUAGUAGUCUUUAUACAGAAUUCGACACAGACGGUAUCGUCAUUGUAACAUGGCCGCACGCGCCGCACAUAUAUUCCUCGUGAUAAUCGAAAUAAACUAUAGAGCGGUGUUAAUAUAAUCAAAACGUAUUGGCUACUUCUACCUAUCAUUAAAGUAUAUAAGAAAAAAUAAGUGGUCCAGAGCGUAAAAACUUUGCCACUACAGGGACGACUGUCGUGCGCGCAUAAGACGUACGGCGCAUCCGUCCCAACAUUUCUGGUCCUUCGAGCCGGAUCCUUCCGGAAAAUCCAUGGCGAUUCGAAUGAUAUCUAUCCAGGCUUGCUCAAGGGUGAGAUCACACAAAAAUUAAGAUAUUUAAUCGAAAAUUGUCAAUUCGGCAGCGCUCGUUUUUAAUCAUAUCCGUUGGGACGAGUCGACCGCCGAAAUAUACGAGAGAGAGAGACAACGACACACAAACUUGAUCACGAGGCAUACACGAGGCAUACUGUAGAGGACAAGGCUUGCGGCUCACGAGAGCGAGAGAGAGACACCACUAUAACAAGACAACGAACAUAGAAGACAACGUCGAAAUCAUAUCGAAAUUCAACUGUAUUUAUAUUUGCGUAUUUAUAUCAUUUCAAAGCGUAUCUUGUAUUUGCGUGUUAACCGAAAGUUCGCUUUUCUUUUUUCAUAUUUGUCAAUUUUAAUUACUGACACGAUGACCGAGGAGAUGCGUGCGCUUGUACAGAGACGUGCGGCAAUAAAGGGGCAACUGACUCGAUUCAGGAGUUAUUUAGAAAAAUGGUCUGAGCGUCCGGAUGAACAGCAAUUGAUUGAGCGUUUAGAAAAAUUUAAAACUACGUGGGAUAGCUUUGACGAGGUACAGACUAGUAUUGAUUUAAAUGAUACCGUUACAGGCACACAAUUAGAUGACAACGAAAGAACGUAUUUUGAGGAAGCAUAUUUUGAACUGGCGGCGCGUGCCCAGCGUCGACUUGCGUCUGUCAGGCCCACCGCGGGUAACGAUAAUGUAAUAAUUCAAAACCAGCUUCCUGUACAAAACGUGAAAGCGAAUAUAAAGCUCCCUACAAUUAACUUGUCUACUUUUAGUGGUAAUUACGAGGCAUGGAUGGGUUUUUAUGAUAAUUUCAAAUCGAUCGUACAUGGUAACGAGAACCUUUCUCCUGUUCAGAAACUACAAUAUUUAAAAUCAUCGUUGAUAGACGAAGCCGCUCAGGUAAUUCAAUCUCUAGAAACCUCAUCACAAAAU